AUGUCGAGUGGUAUUAAUGAUGAUGAUUUACAACCGUUACGGACCUACAUGCAGAAUGUCCUCGUGAUGGAACAAGAGCUUUCUCCAUAUCUCUUUCAAACUCUAUUGACAUUAGUGUCUUCAUCUUCCAACCACGACCUCUCUUUAUUGAAAGCUCAUGAUGAAGGAAAAUUUGAAAAGGCCAUGCGAUGGACCAUUUUGAGAGGCAUACAAAAGCCAUACAGUGGAGUGAAAUUGAGUGAGAAAAAGAAUGCAUCCUCUUGGUGGUUUCGAACAGGAACAAGUUUUUCACAUUGUUUUCUCGUUGGAGAAGCGUUGGAUUGGAUGAAAGGAUGGGUGGAACGAAUGCAAAAGGAAAUUAUUCAUGAUACCACCUCUCCCUACAACCAUGCAGCAAACACUUCUCAACUGGUCGAAUUUAUGGCACAAUUAAUGAAAGCAUGGGGAUGGAUUGAAUCUCUUCAUGACACAAAUUCACAACAAGAAACGACAUUCAGUUUUGAAAAGAACAAGUCUCAAUGGUUUCGAAUGGGAGAUCUUGCAAAACCACGUCUCAUUGUUGUUGGAGGAGGUAUGUCUGGUUAUAAAGUAGCCAAACAACUUGGAGAUUGGUUUGAAUUGACUCUCAUUGAUAAGGAAGGAACCAUGGACUUGGUUCCCAUUUAUCCAACCUUAAUAACGGAUAAGAAUAAUAUUCAUCAUAUAGCCAUUGAUCACAAGAAAACAUUACCUUCCAAUGUGAAAUGCAUUAAAGGAGUGGUGACAUUGGCCUCUCAAGUCGGAGUGAUUGUAGAAACAUUGGAAGCUCAAGAAGAAAAUGGUGAAGUUUUUAAAGUGGAUCCUAAACUUGAGCACUCUCAAGAAGACUCUUCAACUAUUACCAACUAUCAAGAUCUUUCAUUGAAAGACAACGCUGGAAUUAGUAGAGUGAAUGAUACUAUUCCUCAUCGAUAUUUUAUGAAAUUUGAUUAUUUGGUAUUGGCACCUGGCUGUACUUGUUGGAACAAUUUCCCAAUUACUAAGCUUUCACACAAUGAAAUCAAAUUUGUAAAUCCCUAUGACGCCAAUUCAUUGAUAGAAUCUCAUUCUAUCAUUGAACAAUUAUCUGAAACGGAAGAAAUUUGUGUCUUGGGAGGUGGCUAUGUCGCCGUAGAAGUCGCUGGCUUUUUAGCUGAAAAAUAUCGAGACAAGAAAAUCACCAUCAUUCAACGAUCUCAUCAACUCAUGAAACCAAGUCGAGAUGCUCACAAUGCUGUGAUGGAUAUUUUCAAGAAUACACUCACCAAUGUGAAGGUCAUGUUAAACUCUGAAAUUAUUUCACAAAAUGGUCCUAAAACCUUCAUUGUAAAAACUAGAAUCAGUGGUGAAGAGUCAAAUGAAACUCAAGUGAACUGCUCGGUAUGCUUUAUAUGUACUGGUAUGAGACCUCAAGUCGGAUUUUUGAAAGACUUCUUUUCUGCAAGUCUUGAUUCGAAUGAAUUUAUUUGUGUAAAUUCACACAUGCAAGUGGCCGUGCGUGACAAUACUCUCACUACAAGUAACAGCAGCUACUAUGAUCAUAUUUUCGCCAUUGGAGAUGCCACCAACGUGAAAGAAACAAAAUUAGCUUCACACGCUCACAAACAUGCCAAAACUGCCUACACUGUAUUACCUCAAGUGGCUCAAUCCAUUCCUUCCUCACAAUUAGCCACAUACACACCACGAGGAUACGAUCGACCUCAAACAGUGAUUAUUGGACCCAAUCAUGGAUUAUGGGUGAAAGGCAGUACCUUGUUGUUGAAUAGUUCUGUCGUGGCUUAUUUCAAAGAACGUUCACAAGCCAUGAAAGGUCGAUGGAUGGCAGGUGGUAGAGCUCAACAAGAGGAAAAUGAGGGGAUGGAAGAGAACGUUAUGCGUAAAUAG